AUGGCCACCACCUACUGCCCCGGGCCCUGCGUUCCCAUGGAUUCUGCCGUCUCCGUCUGCUCGAGCGAGGGCAGUUGCGGGAGCCUCGUCUGCCUGCCCGGUUCUUGCAACGGUUCAUCGUAUCCCCUGGACAACUGCCCAGAGACCUGCUGCGAACCUCCCUGCUGCGCGCCAUCUUGUUGCGUACCCGGCUGCCGCCAGCCCGCUUGCUGCAGCGCGGCGUGCUGCCCACCCCCCUGCCGCGUGGCCCUCCUCUGCCGACCGGUCUGCGGCGUUUCCGCCGGCUGCCGGUCGGCCUGCACCGGCUCCUGCUCGCCAUCUUGCUGCCAACAGUCUUGCGGCCAAGACUCUUGCUGCCAGUCAGCUGGCUGCCAAGACUCUUGCGGUCAGUCAGCAUGCUGUCAAGAUUCUUGCUGCAUCCCUGUUUGCUGCAAGCCAUUCUGCUGCACCCCCGUAUGCUGCAAACCAGUCUGCUGCGUCCCCGUAGGCCGCGAGCCAGUCUGCUGCGUGUCCACCCCCUGCCCGAGCGCCUCCUGCGGAGACCCUUGCUGCCGGCCCUCUUGCUGCGACUCCACCUGCCGCCGGCCCGCUUCCUGCGUAUCCCUCCUCUGCCGCCCAGUUUGCAGCCGCCCGGUCUGUUGCGUGCCCGUCUGCUGCAAGCCGGCCUGCUGCGACUCCAGCUGCUGCGCGCCUGCCCCCUGCCAGCCCGCUGGCUGCCGGGCCGCCUCCUGCGUCUCUGCGAUCUGCCGACCCAUCUGCGGCCGGCCCGCCUGCUGCGGGGUCACUUCCGGCCAGAGUUGGCAGGCUGUGGUCAGGGGACUCCUCCGCUCCAUGAACCGCUGCUUCCGACCGGGGCUCCACGCUAUAACCAGACUCCUGAACGGGACACGAGGACAGGAAUCUUCUGUCCUCAGGUACCCGGUCACCUCGAGUCCGCGGAAAAUCCUGACAUACCCAGCCACGGAAGAUAUGGCCGCCACCUGGUGCCCCGGGCCCUGCGUUCCCAUGGAUUCUGCCGUCUCCGUCCGCUCCAGCGAGGGCAGUGGAGGGAGCCUCGUCUGCCUGCCCGGUUCUUGCAAUGAUUCAUCUUGUCACGUAGAAGACUGCCCAGAAACCUGCUGCGAACCUCCCUGCUGCGCGCCAUCCUGUUGCGCACCCAGCUGCUGCCAGCCCGUCUGUUGCAGCUCACUGUGCUGCCAACCCACCUCCCGCGUGGUUCUCCUCUGCCGACCAGUUUGUGGCACGCCCACCGGUUGCCGGGCAUCCUGCGGCCCCAGCAGCUGCCAAUCGGCCUGCACCAGCUCCUGCUUGCCACCUUGCUGCCUACAGUCUUGUUGCCAACUAUCUUCCUGCCAGCCCUCUUGCUGCCAGGAUUCUUGCUGCCAAUCAACUGGCUGCCAAGACUCUUGUUCAGUCCCAGUUUGCUGCAAGCCAGUCUGCUGCGAACCAGUUUGCUGUAAGCCAGUCUGCUGCACCCCCGUGUGCUGCGAGCCAGUCUGCUGCGUGUCCACCCCCUGCCCGAGCUCCUCCUGCGGAGACUCCUGCUGCCGGCCCUCUUGCUGCGACUCCACCUGCCGCCGGCCCGCUUCCUGCGUAUCCCUCCUCUGCCGGCCCGUUUGCAGCCGCCCGGUCUGUUGCGUGCCCGUCUGCUGCAAGCCGGCCUGCUGCGACUCCAGCUGCUGCGCGCCUGCCUCCUGCCAGCCCGCUGGCUGCCGGGCCGCCUCCUGCGUCUCUAUGAUCUGCCGGCCCAUCUGCGGCCGACCCGCGUGCUGCGGGGUCUCUUCCGGGCAGAAGUCUUGCUGCUGA